AAUAACAUAGCAUUCGCAUAGGUUCACUCGCAUCACCUACCCUUCCUUUCCUUUCAUUUCCUUCCCCCUCUUCUCAAUCUCAGCAGCCAUGGAGUCCGCAGCUUUAUCGCGCAUAGGCCUAGCGGGCCUGGCCGUGAUGGGCCAAAACCUAGCCCUAAACAUCGCCGAAAAGGGCUUCCCAAUCUCUGUCUACAACCGCACAACCUCCAAGGUCGACGAGACCGUAGAUCGGGCGCGCAAUGAGGGCUCUCUCCCUCUCACCGGCCAAUACAACCCUCGCGACUUCGUCCUCUCCCUCCAACGCCCCAGAUCAGUCAUCAUCCUCGUCAAAGCCGGCGCCCCCGUCGACCAAACCAUCGCCGCCCUCUCCGACCACCUCGAACCCGGCGACUGCAUCAUCGACGGCGGCAACGAAUGGUACCAAAACACCGAACGCCGCAUCCAACACGUCUCCGAAAAAGGCCUCCUUUACCUCGGCAUGGGCGUCUCUGGCGGCGAAGAAGGUGCGCGAAACGGGCCCUCGCUCAUGCCCGGUGGGUCUUACCAAGCCUACUCCAACAUCGAAGACAUCUUAACCAAAGUCGCCGCUCAGGUCGAAGAUGGCCCUUGCGUCACUUACAUCGGCGAGGGAGGUUCUGGAAACUUCGUGAAGAUGGUCCAUAACGGAAUUGAAUACGGUGAUAUGCAGUUAAUUUCCGAGGCCUAUGACGUUUUGAAGCACGUUGGUGGUUUAUCGAAUUCUGAAUUGGCUGAGAUUUUCGACGAGUGGAACAGAGGGGAACUUGAGAGUUUCUUGAUUGAGAUUACUGCGGAUAUUUUCAAGGUGAAGGAUGAGGAGGGUGGUGACGGGUAUUUGGUGGAUAAGAUUUUGGAUAAGACUGGAAUGAAGGGUACCGGGAAGUGGACGGUGCAGCAGGCGGCGGAGCUCUCGGUGGCGGCGCCCACGAUUGCGGCUUCGUUGGAUUGUAGGUACUUGAGUGGGUUGAAGGAGGAGAGAGAGAGUGCUGCGGCAGUGUUGAAGGAGGCAGGGUUGAAUGAUGAAAUGGGAUUUGCUAAGAGUGGUGUGGAUAAGAAGCGGUUGAUUGACGAUGUGAGGCAGGCUUUGUAUGCGUCCAAGAUUUGUAGUUAUGCUCAAGGGAUGAAUUUGUUGAGGGCUAAGAGUGACGAGAAAGGGUGGAACUUGAAUUUGGGGGAGUUGGCUAGGAUUUGGAAAGGUGGGUGUAUUAUAAGGGCUGUGUUUUUGGAUAGGAUCAAGAGGGCUUAUCAGAGGAACCCAAAUUUGGCUAGUUUGAUAGUGGACCCUGAAUUCGCUAGGGAAAUGGUGCAGAGGCAAGCUGCGUGGAGGAGGGUUGUGGGAUUGGCAAUUUCGGCGGGGAUAAGCACGCCAGGGAUGUGUGCUAGUCUUGCUUACUUUGAUACUUAUAGGAGGGCGAGGCUUCCGGCGAACCUUGUUCAGGCUCAGAGGGACUUGUUUGGGGCUCAUACUUAUGAGAGGAUUGAUCGCCCUGGCUCUUUUCAUACUGAGUGGACUAAGCUUGCUCGCAAGAGUGGGGCUGGAGUUGGUGCUCUCAAUUGAUGAAUGGAUGGAUGAAUGUCCUUUUUAGUGUGAUGAUGUGUUAAUCGUGGCAAUUGUUCCUCCCCGGUAGAACGUAUUCCAUACAAGAGAGUAAAGAGACUAAUCGAUAAUAAGGCUCGUUCUUGAAUAUCUACAAAAGCAGUCCUUCAUUUAUGGUGAAAAAAAUAAAUAUGCCUUGUUCAUUGCACGGAAUGGAUCAAUGGACGAACCUCGUUUGUUAUACAUGCACUAACAAAAGAGUAUUAGUAAACUACAAGAGUAAUUGAAGUAAUUGGGCAGAAGGUUAAAUGGGAAAAUGUAAUGCACUACUGAACACCGCUCUCAAGAACUGGCUGGGUUCUUGUCACUGCUGCGGAUGGCAUUUUACUAUUGCCAACCCAUCUACUUUCAAGAACCUGAUCUUCAUCGGCUUGUUUUUCCAUGGCUUGAAUCUUCUUGCUCCUGAGAAGUCUCAGAGAUGAAAAUCCUGCACAGCCCACCAUGAUCAACGCAAAAAAUCCGAGCACAGAGCCAAUCACCCACAGAUACCAUGGUCUCCGCUUAUUCUCCAAUGGGAACACAACUGAAAAAUGACCCUGGUCUCUUGAGUAACAUACGCCGGGGGAACUCAUCCCAGUGAGUUGAAUUGUUCCAUUGGCAUUGAAAGCUACACAUCUUGCCCUUGAAUUGAUACCACCCAUACCCAUAAAUGGAUUAUUGGGGAAUUUAAUAGAUAUAGGCUGCCCCAUUGUGUUGAGAGUGAGGUUUCUCACACUUGUAUCUGUUAUAUUUGAGGCAUCAAAAACCAUGAAGCCAACAACAGAAGUGAUGAGUGAGUAACCUGGAACGUUAUAGUAGAGGGAAGACCAAUUGCCCAAGUUUUGGUACACAAUAGCCAACCUCCUCACAUGGGGAAUGGACUUUGUUCUCGGUGGGAUCCGAAAGUAGCUGAAGUUGGCACCUUUGUUCCAGAGCCUUCUGCUUCUGAGACGUACUACUGAAACAUCCAUACCUGACAGGUUCCGCGGAAGAAGAGCAUCAUAUAGAGCACCAGUUUGAGGCCGGUGUUUGAUCAGUGUCCUGAAAGCAAAAUUUUGAACCAAGGAAUUUAAUGAUUCACUUGCAGCAGUGUUGUCCAAGCAGUGCCCCAAGGAGCAGCAACACAAGUUGAAAAUCAAAAGCCAGAUGAAAUCCCAAUUCAUGUUGGAUUCCAUCAAAACUGCGCCACAGGCAGAGAACAAUUUAGACAAGUUUCUAAGGAAUGAAGGAACCAAAUUGGCAAUCUGUUUUAGGUCUUGUUGCUUUCAUUUCUUUAGUAUAGUAUUGAGCUUAUGAUAGACGUAAAUAUAGCACCAAGUUCAAUGAUGUUUACUUUUCCACAAAGAAGAAGCAUGCUCAGAUUUGGGUCCCAACCAGUGGCUCCAGAGCGAAGAAAGACUCAAAAAGUGGGUAUUGACUUGGGGCAUUCUGAUUCCAUCUGAUGACUUAAGGGGCUUUCUGUGGUUCUGUCUGUUGGAGAAUCUUUGUCACUACAAUGUGAGAAGCAACUUUAGCAUGCGUUGAUUGCUCAUUUUCUCUCCUCUAUGGGAGGCAAAUUCAGCAAAUGGAAUCAUCAAUAAUUCCACUGCCCAAAUUGAGGCCCGCCAUGCUAUAAAGAGACAUCUUCAGGAGCCUAUGAAACAUUUAGGCCCAUGAAUUGGAGGCCCAGCCCGGAAAGAAUAGUAACAUAAUUACAAUGAAAACUGACUUUAGAUUUCUGGACCCAAAAAAUAUAUAGAUAUCAGAUUUGAGACUUUGUUGGCAAAUUU